AGUUCAAGCGAGCUUUUCAGUCCCUUGAAAAAUUCAUUUUAAACCACCGUUUCGUUCACGAAUCUAACAUCAGUCAGAGGAGACGCAGGGAGAAAGAAAGCCUGCCGAUGAGUCACAUCACAGUUAAGCAGAGAGGGCAAGAGCCUCGACCGCGACGCUGCCAUUCAGAUGCUACACUAUUCACAUGCCCUUUCUGCACAACUGAUGUUUGUAAGCCAAGACAGUACCAUCAAAUAAUGACCCAUAUAGCUGGGCAUAAACUGAGAGCGGUUGAAUAUGGAGAUCAUGUUAUGUACAGCUGUAGUAUUUGCUGUGGCAAAAAGACCAAACAUUUUCACUGCUGCCAGUGUCCCAAGACUUACGUCAAUAAAGGUGACCUAAAACAGCAUCUUUCCAGUGCUCAUCCAAUAGCUACUUGCACUCCAAAACGAGAACCUGUAAGUCACCCAUUACAAGAACCUCCUUCACACUUACAACCAGCACCUCAUCCAACACCAGAACCUCCUUCACAGCUACAACCAGCAUCUCAACCACAAGAACUUGAUUUGCAGCAAAUAGCACCUCCAGCGAUUGAGAGAAAGCUGAUCUUUAUGCAGAGUCCUAGUAGGUUGCACAUUACAGUUAAGCAGAGAGGGCAAGAGCCUCGACCGCGACGCUGCCAUUCAGAUGCUACACUAUUCACAUGCCCUUUCUGCACAACUGAUGUUUGUAAGCCAAGACAGUACCAUCAAAUAAUGACCCAUAUAGCUGGGCAUAAACUGAGAGCGGUUGAAUAUGGUGAUCAUGUUAUGUACAGCUGCAGUAUUUGCUGUGGCAAAAAGACCAAACAUUUUCACUGCUGCCAGUGUCCCAAGACUUACGUCAAUAAAGGUGACCUAAAACAGCAUCUUUCCAGUGCUCAUCCAAUAGCUACUUGCACUCCAAAACCACAGCCUGUAAGUCACCCAUUACAAGAACCUCCUUCACACUUACAACCAGCACCUCAUCCAACACCAGAACCUCCUUCACAGCUACAACCAGUUCCUCAUCCACAAGAACUUGAUUUGCAGCAAGCAACAUCUCAUCCUAGGCACAUCACGGUUAAGCAGAGAGGGCAAGAGCCUCGACCGCGACGCUGCCAUUCAGAUGCAACACUAUUCACAUGCCCUUUCUGCACAACUGAUGUUUGUAAGCCAAGACAGUACCAUCAAAUAAUGACCCAUAUAGCUGGGCAUAAACUGAGAGCGGUUGAAUAUGGAGAUCAUGUUAUGUACAGCUGUAGCAUUGGCUGUGGCAAAAAGACCAAACAUUUUCACUGCUGCCAGUGUCCCAAGACUUACUUCAAUAAAGGUGACCUAAAACAGCAUCUUUCCAGUGUUCAUCCAAUAGCUACUUGCACUCCAAAACCACAGCCUGUAAGUCACCCAUUACAAGAAUCUCCUUCACACCAACAACCAGCACCUCAUCCAUCACCAGAACCUCCUUCACAGCUACAACCAGUUCCUCAUCCACAAGAACUUGAUUUGCAGCAAGCAACAUCUCAUUUACAAGAAUUAGCAUCUUUUCCAGCGAUUGAGAGAAAGCAAAUCUCUGUUCAGUGUCCACACAGGCACAUCACAGUUAAGCAGAGAGGGCAAGAGCCUCGACCGCGACGCUGCCAUGCAGAUGCUACACUAUUCACAUGCCCUUUCUGCACAACUGAUGUUUGUAAGCCAAGACAGUACCAUCAAAUAAUGACCCAUAUAGCUGGGCAUAAACUGAGAGCGGUUGAAUAUGGAGAUCAUGUUAUGUACAGCUGUAACAUUGGCUGUGGUAAAAGGGCCAAACAUUUUCACUGCUACAAGUGUCCCAAGACGUACAUCAAUAAAAGUGAUCUAAAAAGGCAUCUUUGCAGUGCUCAUCCAAUGGCUCCAGAAACACAACCUGUAGGUCGCCCACUACAAGGACCUUCUUUACAGCAACCUGCACCUUGUUCUUUGAAAUUAGCAGCUCACCCAGUGAUGGCAAAACGAAAGCAAAUCUCUGUGCAAUGUCCUCAUUGCGGGCUCAGUCUUAAUUCUAAAAACUUGAAGAAACACAUUGAGCGGAAGCAUCAUGAAGUUUUGCAUCCCGAAACCUCAGUUCUACCAGCACAGUGUGUCGAUAAAAAGAAUGGACUAUAUGUUGUAUCAGAGUCAUUUUCUGAGCCCUGUACCUUCAUCCAUGUGGUAAAGAAAUUUUGGGGUUCAUCCCACAAGGUUAUGUGUGAAAUGGAUAUUUGCAACAGUCGUGUUGAAAUGGCACAAAGGAGUGAACUUUUGGUUGAACAAUGUGUGCAUCUAAACUCAGUAGACUACACCUGUGAUGUUGCACCGAGUGAGGAUUUAUCAGAGCAAGUGUUGACUGAGAUGGUGGAGCGAAAAUGCAUUGGGGACAUAAGGAAGAAACAAUGCCUUAAGCUGCAACAUCAGGCUGAAAGUAAAGGUGCCACGUUUACUAGCCUUGUUACAAUUGGAGGCCCCGACUACAUGUAUUAUGUAUCAAUUUAUGAGCCAAAGGUGUCACAUUACAGUAAAAUGGGCAGAGUCUUGGUGAAUUACAAUGCUAAGAUAAAGACUUGGAAUUGCCCUUGUAGCAAAGGUAGAAAACCAUGCGUGCACAGGAGUAUUGCAAAGUGGUGCCUCUAUCAAAUGAAGAAGCAGCUCUUCAAAAACCUUCCUGAAACAGAGGAAGGAAUUGAGCCAGCUCAACCUGAGGACCUGGCCAGCCAGCAGUACUUCGAAAAAUGGGUGCCCAUGACUGGUUAACUCAGCCCAAAAGAAAAACAGGCCUUGUUGACAUGUUGAGAAAGGAAAUUUCCUGUAAUCUUUUGACAUAUAAGAGGUUAUUUACUAUAAAAGCAUACCGUGAGCUCAAAUCAAAACUUCCUGGGUAAUCCAAAAACUGCUUUUAUUGAAACUUUUAUUGAAACAAUUU